CCUCCUUCCGAGAGGCUCUACAAGCCCCGUACGGCAUAGCUAUCGUGUCUGUGUUCGCAGAGAUUGGUCAGCCCGUGAACGAAGCCUUUAAAACCAUGGCAACCUUUGCGCAACGGAUAUUGUGGAAAGGCCAGUCAACCCGGGUAGAGACGAUCCCCGCCAAAGCCCUCUUCCCCAACACCAACUAUUACGUCACGUACGAGGGCUCACUCACACAACCCGGAUGUUAUGAGACGGUCACGUGGGUCAUAUUCAACAAGCCCAUAUACAUUUCAAAAGAUAUGCUGACGUCAUUACGGCGCCUUCAACAAGGUAUAAAAGACGACCCAAACAACAUCGUGGCCAACAACAACCGCCCCAUCAUGCCAAUUAACAACAGAGUGGUUCGAACCAAUAUCAACCACCAAGGAACGUGGAUUCUGGUUCAGUUCACUGCCCGGAAUGGCUGCGGUAUUCCUGAUGCGGAACUUGAAUAG